UUUUCAAGCAUCUGUGUGACCGCGACCUUAAAAAUGGCUGCUAUUGACCGGUUUGAGUUCCUUCUGCGUGAAAUUUUAGAGGUUUUCUCAGAUAUUAAAGAUGCUUUUGCAAUUUUGGGAGCGAUUUAUGCUGCAAGGAAAACUUUUCAAUUAUCUGCAACAUUGUUUGAAUCUGUCAAUGUGCAUUUAAUUAGUAGGCUCUCAGCAAAUUGUGAUUUAGCAGAAAAAUUUGGCAGUUGGGCAGUUGUUACUGGUAGCAGUGAAGGCAUUGGCCGAGCCUAUGCACGAGAGCUUGCAAGUAGAGGGUUAAAUCUGGUAUUGAUUAGUAAGCCAGAGAAUAGGCUGUACAAGGCUGCUAGACAAAUAGAGGAAGAGUUCAAUGUACAAACAAGCUGUGUAGCAGUAGAUUUUUCUGUGGGUAGGGACACAUAUAAUUUAAUCUGGGACAGUAUUAAAGACAAGGAGAUUGGAGUGUUAGUAAAUAAUGUAGGUGUGAUGUACGAUCAUCCCCAGUACUUUCUUGAUGUUCCUGAAGAUAGAUUAUGGCAGAUAGUAAAUAUAAAUGUUGCUGCAGCAACUAUGAUGACUCACAUGAUUCUCCCACAGAUGGUUAAAAGAGGGCGUGGUGCGGUCGUUGUUGUAUCAAGUGGAGCAUGUUCGCAAAUCACACCUCAGAUGACAGUGUAUGCAGGAACUAAGAGUUUUCUGGAUUAUUUUGCACAAGCUCUGAGAUACGAAUACAAGAAUAAUGGAAUAGUAAUCCAGUCCUUGCGACCGUUUUAUGUCAACACUAAAAUGACACGCUACAGUAAAACUUUAACCAGUAACGGGUUUCUUGUACCUUCGGCAGAGGUUUACGCCAAGCAUGCUGUUGCUACAUUAGGAUAUAGUGGUAGAACCACAGGCUACUGGCCUCAUACUAUACAGAUGUGGAUGUCCAACUUGAUACCGGAAUGGAUUUGGAUGUGGGGUGCAAGUCGACUUAACACAGCUCUACGACGUCAAGCUUUAGAGAGGCUUGAUAGAAAAGAUAAAAUGAAAUCUUCUGACAGCAUGAACACUUUAUCAGAAGCCAAAUCUUAGCAUAUAAAACAGUACUACAAGCUGAAGUUUUUGAAUUGAGAUAUUCAAGCUAAAUUUUUAAGUGGCCAUAUAUCACAAUUUUGUUUGAGUUGGUAAAUGAAUUUUGUUCAGCAGAACAAAUGAUCACUUAAGUGCAGUAACGGGUUAACUCAUGUUAAAUCAUAUAAGGAGUUAGCCCGUUACUGCACUAAGGUGACAAAGUGACCAUUGGAAUAUGACUAGAAAUACUUUAAUUUGAUCCUUUCAAAAAAUUUUAGAAUGAAUUCUGGCCUCAUAUGGUGUCAGUAGUUGAAGAAGAUUUAAGUUAUAAUACAUAUUACAUUUACAAUAUGUUGAUUCAUAUGUACUUUUUUGUUAUGUUAAUUUUAGUGAUGGAAAUCGGAUGAAAUUUGUCCCAAUCGAUAAUCGGUUCAGUCGGAUGGGACAUAAUCGAUAACUUUCGAAUAAAGUCGGGUUAAAAAAUAAUAGGGAAGUAACAUUUCUUUCCAAGGCACUUGAUUAUAUUUAAUAACAUGAACUUCAUUUAGCACUUUUCAACACAGUUUUAACCUUAUAUAGUCAUAAUUUUACGAAAUAGAUUUUAUUUUUCAAUGGAUAUCAAAUAAUACCAUUUUCAUCACA